AUGGAUGAUGUGUUGAAUGAUAACAAAAGAGUAGCAGCUGAAAGCAAGAUAGUGGUUGAUCGUGAAAAGAUUCUCGAAAUGCGUAUUGAGAUUGAUUUCUUGAAAGUACGAGUGGCUGAACUAGAAGAAGAAAAGGCUCGCAGAGAUAAGCAGAACAAAUAUUUUGAGAUGAAAAACAAAGAGCUUGAGGCUGCAAAGGCAUUGAAAGAGCACGAGUUCUACAUGUUGAACAAAGUUGUUGAAAACAUGCUCGGAAAGUCGAUAGGAGAAAGAUUUGAGGAGAUUGAAGUUGAAGAACUUAGAGCUAAACGCCAAGCUGAAAUUGAUGCACAAAUGAAAGAUAAGGGAAAAGGGGCUGAAGGCAGUGUGGCAGUAGUUGAAAGAUCAAUUGUUCCAUCCUUAGUCAUUGAGAAUCCUGUUCCAAUAUCUUCUAUCUCUGGUGUCUUUGAAGAAGAUGUUUCUCUUGAAGAUCUUGCUGGUGACGAUGAUGAAGAAGAUGAUGAGAAUGGUGAUGAAGAGGGUGAUGACGAGGAAGAUGACGAUGAUGAAAAAGUUUUCUCUGCUAGCAGUCAUGGUUCCGAUGAUGACAAUAACGAUGAUGAUAAUCAGGGUGGUAUGGAAUCAAAUGUGAAUGAAGAGACAGGGGGAGCUGAUGGAAAGGGGGAGCAUGGUGAUGAUCAAAAUGUAGAACAUGUUGAAAAGUUAAUUAUGGGAUUAGAAACUGAUAUGGAGGAAGGUGAGCACAAACAUACGUAUACAUUGGAUGAGAUUAAAGAAAUGACACGUAUGGUGGAUCCGGACUUCAAGUUUGAUUUCGAAGAUGAAUUGAAUGCAUUCGAUAUCAACCAUCAACCUAAGUAUGACUACAAGUAUGUAGAGGAUGCUGAUGUGUAUGAUAGGGUUGAGGUUGAAGAUUGGACUGAUGACGAGAGUGUAAAUGAAGAUACUUCUCAGUAUCCUACACUGAUGGAGUUCUUUACUGAAGAAAACCGGGAUGAGCUAAGAAGGAAAGUCGCUGAAAUCUUGAAAGACAAAAACUUCGAUGGUACUCCGAAAGACAUGCAGAAGGAAGAACGGCAUAAAUGGUUUAAAGACAGUCAUGAAAGAAAGUUCAAAAGGCCUUUGAAGUAUUAUCAGAUAGAUCGGAGCAUUUCACUCGGUGAUAUCAUUAGCUGGGGUUUCCUGCCUCAUGUUAAUGCUUAUGCGAUCAGAAGAGAAUUUGGAGUACAAUAUUUUGAACGAUUGUAUGAUGUGAUGUCGUUACCAUGGUGGGAUGUCGAAGAGCUGUCAAAAGUAAGAACUUUUGGGUAUCCUGUUCGAAAGAAUGAUGUAGCAAUGUGGGGAUACAUAAAGAAAGAAAGAAAGAAAGCUGAACGUGAACGCAAGAAGCUGGAUGAAAACAGAGGAAAAUGGAUGAAGUUACAGGCCGAAGAGGAAAAGAGAAAGAAGAAAGAGAAUAACAGGCUUAGGAACUUGCUGAGGAAAAAGCCUAAGCAGCGUGAUGAAAGUUUCAAGUCACUCUGA